AUGUCUAAAGGUAUACAUAUUUCUGAACCUGUCUCUGUUCAUGUUUUACGUUCAGAAGAUACACCAACAGAAGUUGCUCAAUCCCCUGAACCAGAAAAUCAACCAGAAACAGCCCCACCAGAAUCACCUCAACCCACCAAAGUUCUUACCCCUCCUUCUUCUCCCCAUUCAAAUGUUCUUAUCCCUCCUUCUCCACCUACUUCAAAAGUUCUCACUCCUCCUCCUUCACCCUCAACCAACCCUGCUUCUGAUCAUCCUCUUGAUACACCCAUUCUUGACAUCCAACCCCUUCAAACUAUCUUUCCUCCUCACACAAACACAUCUCCUUCUCAACCUCCUCCUCAUCAAACCAAAUCCCCCAUUGCCAACCCAGUUACAAACAAUUCACCUUCUUCGGACUCUUAG